AUGAUGCUUCUUCGUGUCGUAUUACCAUGCACAAUCCUAUUGAGGGCUUGCCUCGCCCAGCAGGAUCUUCCGAGUCAAUUACCUCAAUGCGCGUUGCUAUGCUUUGCGGCUGCUUUACCCACAACAACGUGCUCGGCCACUGACCUUGGGUGUCUUUGCCUCGACGCACCAUUCAUCAACACUGUCGCGGCUUGCAAUGCUGGCAAUUGCACCGUCGUUGAAAAUCUCCAGAGCACCAACCAGACUUACGCGGCAUGUGGUGUUCCGAUACGCAGUCAGGGCACGACAAUAACUGGAAUCGCCGUAUCCUUUGGCGUUAUGGCUUGGGUCAUGGUCAUUUUGCGUCUGAUUCAUCGACAAUUUUCUACACAAGCAAAGCUAGGCUGGGAUGAUUAUUUAGUUGGUCUGGCAGGAUUAUCAUCCAUGGCUAUGACAGUUCCAGCCCUCCUUGCUGUUAGGGAAGGGUUUGGAACAGACAUAUGGGGUUUGCCACCUGCACAAAUUACCAACUGUCUUCGUUUUCUCUAUCUGGCCUACCCCUUUUAUAUGACCACCGAGGCCUUCUGCCAGGUUUCCAUCCUCGCCUUUUACCUCCGCAUUAUGGUGGACCGAAAGGCCUUGGUCUUUGUCAAGGGUCUUAUGGUAUUCGUCACUGCCUUCGGAAUCGCAAACACGUCCUGCAUGAUUUUCUCGGUCACGCCCAUAAACUUCUUUUGGAAUGGCUGGAAAGGCGAGAUGGUUGCUACUAGAGCUAUCGAUAUGAAUCUAUUCAGCUUCGUUCGUGGCGGUAUUGAGAUUGGUCUAGACCUGGUUAUUCUGUGCCUUCCGCUACCUAUGCUUGCUAAACUGCACAUGUCUUUGGAGAAGAAGAUCCAUAUCAUGUCUAUGUUCUGCGUCGGGUUUGUUAUCACCGGUGUUAGCUGCGCCCGACUGCAUGCCUUGGUCCAGUUUUCCAAAACCUCAAAUCCAACAUAUGAUAAUACCCCUACUAUCUAUUGGUGCGCAAUCGAGGCAGACCUCUUCAUCAUCGUUGCCUGUAUGCCUUCUAUACAUGCAGCCUUUAAUAGAAUGAUGUCAUCCGGCGACGCCGCCAACUCGACCGGAUACGAUUGCAGCGACAAAAGCUCAUAUUUCAAUCGCUCCAAACGCUCAGAGAACUCUGGUAACAACCAAAAUUUUGGCGGGAUUUUCAAGUCAACGGAAGUGAAUGUUUAUAGUACUGAACGGGCUGAUGCGUCGGACCUAGAGUUAGUGGAUCGACCACCUUACCUGAAGAACUUUGAUAGGAAAGCGCAUGAAUAAUAAAGGGCACCUAUGUUUUUCUCGGGCCCAAAGGAGUUAGGCCUUACUCGGUGUUCCACCCACUCGCUUCGCUCGUAGGUGGCGACAGCAAGUUGUGCGUGCGACAGCAAGAUGUGCGACACAUAAAACGAAGA